GUGUUGCAGAUUUGACCUCAUCCACUCGUUCCCUGACUUGAACGGCGCUUUGAGGAACUGGAUCAAGGAAAAGAUUUGCAUCCUUUACAUUCAAAAACUGGAUGAUAAUUGCCUUCACUAGACUAUACAUUUUUGGAAUGAAAUGAUAUAGAAUAAUAAUUUCAAAGAUUCCAAAAAAGAAAUUUACCAUUUAGUUUAAUUGGAGUAGAAUGAUAAUUUACCGACGAGUGUCUCUCCGAUUGUAACCGAUUUUAGUCUAUUGAAUAUUUAAUUUUAAUAUAAGUAUUUGUUGUUUAAAAAAUAUGAUUACGUCAUACUGAUCUUGAUCAAGAACAAUGAACUGUUUCUGUUGUUUCCAUAAAGAUGAUCUGGUUGGAGAUGCUGAUUAUGGAGGCCAGAAUAUGAAAAAACAAUCAGGAGGUAUUUGAGUUAUAACUUGGGUUUCUCUCUCAAAAUAAACAAAAACGUGUUUCUUCCUUUCAUAACUGUGUUCCUGAAUGGAUGCAUGUGAAGGAAAUGAUGGAAAACGCACUGCCCAACAGGCAGCUCAAGAUGUGAAGGUGCAGCCAAUAGAAGUAGAGCAACUAAUGAUUUCAGACCACGUUUUCUCGUUGGUGAAGGGUCAUAUGCAAGAGUAUAUCACGGUGUAUUAAAGAAUGAUCAGCCAGUAGCAGUCAAAAAGUUAGAUUCUAACCAACAGCCUGAUAGUGAAUUCCUUGCCCAGGUUUGGUGUACAUAUAUACAUAUACAUUUAAUCUAUGUUUAUUGUUGAUGAAAUAGUUACCAUGUCACGUACUUCUUAAAAUUUUGGAAAAGUGGACCUGCGUGUUUCAAUAGUUUCUAGGUUGAAACAUGAUAACUUUGUUGAGCUGCUUGGUUACUGUGUUGAUGGGAAUUCAAGGAUACUUGUCUUCGGGUUUGCUCAAAACUGAUCUCUUCAUGAUAUUCUUCAUGGUACAAUGGAGAAAUAAAAUACUGGUGUCUCUUUACUUCAGUCGAGAGGAUGAUUUUGUUGAUUUAGGUCGUCUUCACCGGUAGUAUCAAAUUGAACCUGAGUUUCUACUGAAUUAAAUAUCAAAAAUAAAAGAGAGGAACAAAAAAAUAAAUAAACAGUACUCUCAAGAAUCUUUGAGAAAUUUAUCAUAACAUCAUUGGUUUGAGUUUCUCAUGUUUAAAAUUUAAUUGUAAUUUUGUUUUAUAUUGAUUUAAAUCAUUUAAUAUUCUAAGAAAUCUUGUUACAUGCUGAUGGCCUUACUAUAUACCAUAUAUAUAAUAUCGUAUGCUUCUUCAGGGAUGAAAGGUGUGAAAGAAGCAAAGCCAGGUCCACUCUUGUCGAUCGUGGCAUCAACGAGUAAGUAUUGUGGCUGGUGCAGCAAGAGGGCUUGAGUACUUACAUGAAAAGGCGAACCCACAUAUCGUUCACCGUGACAUCAAGUCCAGCAAUAUUCUAAUAUUUGGUGAUGGUGUAGCUAAAAUCGCUGAGUUUGAUCUUUCAAACGAAUCUGAUAUGGCAGCACGCCUUCAUUCGAGUCGAAUUCUUGGAACCUUUAGUUAUCAUGCCCCUGAUGAGUAAGUUUGUUGUCAUCUUCUUCUUCUUCUAUUGCUCAUCACGCUCACUCUCAUAUGUUAUUUUUCUCUCUUUGAUCAGAUAUGCAAUGACUGGGCAACUGAGUGCAAAGAGUGAUGUGUACAGCUUCGGUGUUGUAUUGCUCGAGCUUCUAACAGGUCGAAAGCCCGUUGAUCAUACAUUGCCUCGAGGCAAGCAAAGUUUAGUCACACGGGUAAUAUAUACUGAUCUCUUUAUCAAAGAUAUAAAAUUUGAACUAUCUAGCAUUACAAACAUGUAACUAAAUAUUCUAUAACUAUGCUUUUGCCUUAGGCUACACCAAAGCUGUGUGUAGUUAAGUAAUGCAGUGUGUUGAUUCAGGACUCGGAGGAGAUUACCCUCCAGAAGCUGUUGCUAAGGUAUAAAUCAAAACUAGUCUUGUCGUAUUGAUUCUAAGACACAAAGUAAAGAGGAAAAAUAAAAGCAUUCCUCGAUUCAAAAUGUAUUUACGUUUAAUAGUUUUUCUUGUUGAUAAUGCAGUUUGCAGUUGUUGCUGCAUUGUGUGUACAAUACGAAGAUAGCUUCAGACCAAACAUGAGAACUGUCGUGAAUGCUUUUCAAUCUUUUGUUGAAUGUUCGGACCGAACCUGCGGGAGGAGAACAUUAGUGUUGUGUGUUAACUCUUGGCCGUCACCUUUAAUAAGAUAUUUAAUUUAUACAGUUUAUAAUAUAUAGUGUUCAUAUAAUUAAGAGAGUGAUCCUAAUGUUUUGACCACUAAAUUAAUCUAAAACAUGUGGGAAUUAUUGAAAAUAAAAACAAAUAUAGAAGUGAGUCGUUGCUUGCGUGAUUGUGGUAUUUCAAACUAAUUAAGUGUUAUGAGUACACUGUAACAUCUUUACUCCUUAUGCACAACUUGAGGCAUGCCUCCUGACAUCUGUAUUUCCAUGAUUAGCAUCAUAUUUUGAUGGUUGAGGAUUGUGAAAUAUCCACUGAAGAAAAGUCCUUUAAAACCAAGCAAAUCAUCGAGAAAUAUCCAAGCAAAUAAUCUAAUAUAGGUUAUUCUUGAUAUUAAUAAAAUGAAUGCGCUGAAUGAGGGAAAUUUGAAGUCUGUAUAUGAAGAAAAUGAUCACUGAUCACUUGUGACUAUUGGAACAUGUCAGGAUGUUAUUCCCAUACUUUCUUCCGGUAAGCUGCUUUAACUACCGAAAAAAACUUUAAAUUAAAUAUCAAAACGGUAUAAUUCCCAUAACACUUAUUUGUUUUUUAACCAGAAAAAAACUACUUCACUUACAAGUUAAAACCAUACUUGCAUUAAACGUAAAACUAAAAUAUAGCAAACAUAUUAGUUCGAAACGUUAACUGUUUAGCCUGAAAUUAACCCGCAAAUCCCUCGUUACGAUACGUUAAGUACCUAGAAAAUAAAUAAAAAAUCUAAUAAUAUCUACCAAAUAUAGACGACUAUAAAUAUGCACAACAUGAAUAUCUCUAUACCUAAGCUCUCUUCUUCCUCCCAAUCCGUUCCCUUCCGAUCCUUUUUUUUCUCCGUCCAUACAAAAACACAAUCAUGAACACUCCAGUCAUACAUAUAUUAUUGUUUCUCUUCGUAGCUGCCACCGCAACGGCAGCCGCUACACCAACCAAACGCACAAACUACCUUUUCACACCGCACGCAAAAGCAGUCGCGGGAAUAUGCACUGUAAUCCAAACAAACACAAGUCUAUGCUGCAAAACCCUUAAACACGUUCCUACCAACGACCCCAUUGAAUUGAUCCGAGCGUUAGCGGUUGCGGCUGAAUCUUCCGUGAAAAAUAGUGUGGCUUUUCUCUCAGAAAUCAAACCAAAACAUACAUCAAACGCAACCGCAGCUGCAGCGAUCAGCAGCUGCGAGAAAAACUUGAAAUACGCAUUGGAAGAUUUCACCGAGUUUUGGAAAGCUGCGGGGAAAGAUGUAAAGACGUUGGCUCAUAACUAUUUCACGUGUAAGAAGACGCUAAUGUCGAUUAUGGGGUAUCAUUGGACUUGUUUGGAUGAUAUUGAAGAUAAGAGUUUGUUGAAGGAAAUGGAGAUUGGGAUUGGAGUUGGGAAGAACCUAAGCAGUGAUUCGUAUGAUGUGUUCAAUGGUUUAAAUACUAUUUUUAAGACUUUUGGUAUUAAGGUGAAGCUGAACGAGGAAGACACUUCGCCCCGACCGCCACCAUUGUCGGCUUAUUACUACUGAUUAAAGGAUGGAGAUGUAAUUAUUAAUUAAUGUCGUGUAAUGCCUAAAACGAUCACUAAUGGAAUCAUAUAUAGAUGGUUCUGUCAUGUAUGAUUGUAUGUUACAGGUUCUAUACAUGUAUGGACGGAUUUCGAGGAAAGGAUAUAUUAACGGAAUAUUAUAUUUUAUUUUUGUUAACUA